AUGUUAACCCAAGAUCAGUCUGAUGUGCACCAGAACCUAUCUGAUCACCUGCUGGUGAAAACGAAUUCUGUUGUACCUCAGAACCAAUCUGACCCCUUGUUGGUGAAGAAUUCUGUUCGUCCCCUGAACCAAUCUGACCACCUGCUGGUGAAGACGAAUUCUGUUGGACCCCAGAUCCAGUCUGACCACCUGUUGGUGAAGAGUUCUGUUGUGCACCAGAACCUCUCUGAUCCCCUUCUGGGGAAGACAAAUUCUGUUGGACCCCAGAACCAAUCUGACCACCUGCUGGUGAAGACGAAUUCUGUUGGACCCCUGAACCAAUCUGACCCCCUGCUGGUGAAGAAUUCUGUUGGACCCCAGAACCAAUCUGACCCCCUGCUGGUGAAGACGAAUUCUGUUGGACACCAGAUCCAGUCUGACCACCUGCUGGUGAAGACGAAUUCUGUUGGACCCCAGGACCAAUCUGACCAUCUGUUGGUGAAGAGUUCUGUUGUGCACCAGAACCUCUCUGAUCACCUGCUGGUGAAGACGAAUUCUGUUGGACCCCAGAACCAAUCUGACCCCCUGCUGGUGAAGACGAAUUCUGUUGGACCCCAGAUCCAGUCUGACCACCUGCUGGUGAGAACGAAUUCUGUUGGACCCCAGGACCAAUCUGACCAUCUGUUGGUGAAGAGUUCUGUUGUGCACCAGAACCUCUCUGACCACCUGCUGGUGAAGACGAAUUCUGUUGGACCUCAGGACCAAUCUGACCAUCUGUUGGUGAAGAGUUCUGUUGUGCACCAGAACCUCUCUGACCACCUGCUGGUGAAGACGAAUUCUGUUGGACCUCAGGACCAAUCUGACCACCUGUUGGUGAAGAGUUCUGUUGUGCGCCAGAACCUCGCUGAUCUCUUCCUGUUGAAGAACUAUUGUGCUGAUCCCCUACUGAUAAAGAAUCUUCCUGUUGACCCUGUAGUGAAGAACGCCUUUGUUCACUAA